AGCUAGUCGCACGAGAGUUGAACAACCUACGGGUCCAUGCUAGCCCAUUUAAACGCUCUGCAAAACUAAAAGGAAGGAAGCCACUUGGGUUUUGCCUCUUUGGAAGAUUCGCCCAACCCGCAACAAUGAUUUUUGACAAGUUGAGAAAGUUUGACAUCGUCUUCGACUCCCCGGAGAUGGACUGUCCUCCCGUGUUCAGUAGCGGGGACGUGGUGUCCGGGCGCGUGGUCGUGGAGCUCUCCGGGGAGUCCAAGGUGGACUCCCUGAAGCUUCACGCCGAAGGUUUCGCCAAAGUUCACUGGACCGAGUCCCGGUCGGCCGGCUCCAGCACCGCAUACACCCAGAACUACAGCGACGAAGUGGAGUACCUGAACCGCAGAGAGGUGCUGCUGCAGGCAGAUAAUGGUGAAGUGACGGUCCUUCCUGCCGGCAGACACGAGUAUCCGUUCAGUUUCCAGCUCCCCGAAGAGACUCUGGUUACGUCCUUCGAAGGGAAACAUGGCAGCAUCCGUUACUGGGUCAAAGUCAAGCUUCACAGGCCGUGGUUCACCGUCAAGAAAAUCAAGAAGGAGUUUACAGUUAUUGAGCCCAUCGACAUUAACACACCCGCUCUUCUGGCACCGCAGGCUGGAACAAAGGAUAAAAUGGCACGAGCGUGGUACCGCAACUUCGGACAGGUUUCUGUGACUGCGAAGAUCGACCGCAAAGGCUACACACCAGGAGAGGUGAUCCCUGUGUUCGCAGAGUUUGACAACUCCACCUCCAGAUCAAUCAUGCCCAAAGCCUUCAUCACUCAAACGCAGACGUUCAUCGCCCGAGGCACCAUGAAACAGAAACGCUCGGUUGUGGCCACUUUGUGCGGCGACCUUGUGAGUGCAAGAAGUCGCGAGACGUGGCACGGUCGCGCCAUCAAGAUCCCCCCUGUGGGUCCGUCCAUCCUUCAGUGUCGCAUCAUCAAAGUGGAGUACAUGCUGAAGGUCUGUGUUGAUGUUCCUGGGACAUCCAAGCUGUGUUUGGAGCUGCCGCUUGUUGUAGGCACCAUCCCUCUCCAUCCCUUCGGCAGCCGGACGUCCAGCAUCAGCAGCCAGUACAGCGUCAACCUGGAGUGGCUGCGCAUGGCCAUCCCCGAGCAACCUGAGCCUCCUCCAGAUUACAGCUCUGUGGUGACAGAGGAGGAGGCAGAACAGCGGAACAACGCAGUGGUCCCUCAGCUGGCUGAAGACCUGAGUGGGAUCAUGGAGCGACCCCUUAUGGCUUUUGUUCAAGAGUUUCGUUUCCGACCUCCACCUGUGUACUGUGAGAUUGACCCCAACCCUCAGCCCUUCAACAUGAGACCUCGCUGCAUGACGUGUUGAACCAUGAGCCCUGCCUGAGCGACGAGCAGCGUCAUUACUGGAACAAACCCAAGAGAUUUGUCUUCUCCUGGAUUAUUCCUCUCUGGUGAAUAAGCACCUGGUCCCAGCCUGGGUUGUGGAGACGGACUGGAGCGCCGCAGAGAGGUCAGACGACGGAGCUCACAGGAACUGAGUGUGCGCAGAGGAGCUACAGCUUCGUUCCCGGUCCAGCACAGUGGACGUUUUGGGGUUCUGCUGAGAGGGAAGCAUCUUCUCUGCAUCAGUUCCUGUCCUCCCCAAGUGAUUUAUUUUGUUUUGCUCCCAGGAAAAGGGAGCGGUAAAAUGCCUCCCAAUCAACGAUUCCCUCAAGUGAAGACUUUUUGAGUUGUAAAAAGUUUGGGACAUGUUAGGGGGUAAUAUCACUUGAUAUUUAUCAGGCGGCGAGUAAGCGCUUUUGAUAAGAUGACAUGCCCACUGUCAUCUUUGAAUGGUGCAAAGUGAAAAGUGCAAUUAUUGUACUCUGUGUCUAACUUGCCUAGCGUCAGAGUAGAAGGUAAAUAUCUACAUUGCUAUGCAUUGUGUGACUCAGCAGCAGUGUGCCUCUGAAAUAUACUGUUAAGCACAUACUGUAUCUAAAGAUGUGACUUUGGAGCAGACGAGGUAAAUAAAAUCAAGAUGUACUUUAUGCAUGCAGGUAACAUUAUGCAAAAGGGAAAUAACUUGUGCCUUAAUCUGCAGCUUAUGAUUGCAUGAGAGUUUUAGGGUGUAGUCCUCUCACAAAGCUGAAUGCAUACUGAGAGAUGUCGGAACAAAAACGGUGGCUUUGUAAGUUGAACUUUAAAAGAGCGUUGUAUAAAUGCAAAGCUCAGCACUGAAACAUAAAGAAGCUGCCAUGUUGGAUUUAAGCAAAUGGGGUGAUGCAGUUUGCUACACAGAAGUGCUCUCCCAGCUAGAAAAUAUAAAAGCAGGGGGAAAUGGAGAGCUCCGUGCAGACAGAAACCUUUGAGAAGAGCCAGACGCCUCAGUGCCGUGAGGUCAAGCCUUAAGCUGGAGAUGCCACUGAACUGUACGAACAAAGAACAUUCCAAAAACUGACUCGAGGAUCAUGUUUUCUCCUCAACUUCCAAAAAGAAAACUCUUUAUCAGUUCAGGGUCAGGUGUGCGAUGAGUGGCACACCUGAGGGUAAAGACUACAAAUGUAUUUUUAUAUAAAUGCAACUGUUGAUUGUGAAACAUGCCAAA